GGCGGCGGCGGCGGCGGUGGCGGCGGCGGGUCGCGCCCUAGCGCGCGCCUGGUCGUCUCCGAGCCCCAGUGGUUAGGCUCUAGCCCCAGGGUCCCCGGCGGUGCGCGAGGCAAGAUGUUGAGGCGCAGCCUGGAAAGCCGGGAUGCUCAAACCAGACAACUGCAAGAUGCUGUCACAAAUGUGGAGAAGCAUUUUGGAGAGCUGUGCCAAAUCUUUGCUGCUUAUGUGCGGAAAACUGCCAGACUGCGAGACAAAGCAGACCUCCUAGUGAAUGAGAUCAACGUGUAUGCCUCUACAGAGACACCGAACCUAAAGCAGGGCCUGAAAAACUUUGCUGAUGAGUUUGCCAAGCUUCAGGAUUAUCGCCAAGCUGAGGUUGAAAGACUUGAAGCCAAAGUAGUUGAACCUUUGAAAGCUUAUGGAACCAUUGUAAAAAUGAAACGAGAGGACCUCAAAGCAACAUUAACAGCAAGGAAUCGAGAAGCUAAGCAGUUAACUCAGUUAGAAAGAACACGUCAGCGAAACCCAUCUGAUCGUCAUGUAAUUUCACAGGCAGAAACUGAAUUACAGAGAGCUACAAUGGAUGCUACCCGAACCACUCGUCAUUUAGAGGAAACUAUUGACAAUUUUGAAAAGCAGAAAAUAAAGGAUAUCAAGAAUAUAUUUUCCGAAUUUAUCACUAUCGAAAUGUUAUUUCAUGGCAAGGCUUUAGAGGUCUACACUGCUGCCUACCAAAAUAUACAAAAGAUUGAUGAGGAUGAAGAUUUAGAGGUUUUCCGAAAUUCUCUGUAUCCACCAGAUUACUCAUCUCGUUUAGAUAUUGUAAGAGCAAAUUCAAAGUCACCUCUUCAGAGAUCACUGUCAGCUAAGUGUGUAUCUGGAACAGGUCAGAUAUCUACCUGUCGACUAAAAAAGGAUCAACAAGCAGAUGAUGAUGAUAAGGAUGAUGAAGACUUAGAUAUUACAGAAGAUGAAAAUUAAUAUUAAGUAAACUUUACAUUCCCAUUUUCAUCUUGAAAAUGACUUGAAAUCCAGUAUUACCAAAUUAUAAAACCUUCAACUCACUUAACGGGUUAAACCUUAAAAUGAAAUCCUUAACAAAUGAGAAAAUCAAUUAAAGGAAACUUUAUGACCAAAAUGUUUUUUAAAAAAUAUUAUACACCAAUCAUCUGAACAUCCUACCUAGGCAAGUUGUGAUAAUUUUGUUUCGUUUUGGUAUAAGCUCCACUUUAAAGAAAAUUUCAAAACAUUUCAAAUUAAUUCAUUAUACCUAGAGUUGCAACAGUUAUGUAACAAAAGAUCUAAUAAUUCCUAUUAGCUUCUUUUAGGUUAUAAUUAAUUCCAUGUUUUGAACACAAGAUUUGGUUACACAACAAAUUCUACUCCACUAAUCCUUAAGAGCUUUUACUUUUAUACUUUUGGUAAAACUUUAUGCUACAUCAUUUGCUACUGUUUUUAACAAGAAUAAAAUCCAACAGGAUAAUGGGACACACCAUAUCAAGUCUUACAAAUAUACACAAAGCUUAAUUUUUGCUUUCUAAAGUACAUCCAACCUGACACUGGUUUUUUAAAACACAACUGCUGUCAUUAUAUGUGAUAAUGUAACUUGGCAGGCAAGUAUUUGGAAUGUUCAUCAUGGGACAUUAAAAACUAAAAAAGAAAAAUGCCCAGGACAUUAUCUACUUAAGAUAAUGGGUACUUUAUUAGAAGAAAAAAGAAAAAGCCAGAUUUUUCGUAUCUGAUGCUUUUCUUUCUUUUGGUGAGGAAUACUUUAUCAUAGAUCCCAAUUAGGCAUGUAAAAAUUAUUAAACUCAGGGCUGAGAAUAUUGCCUAGU